AUGUGGUACAAAGACACCGCAGGUAAAAUGGACACUCAGGGCGACGAAAACUUGGGAUACGUCGCGAGGAAAGCGUUGACGGCAAGAAGUCGCACCGUCGAUUUGAUGGGGAAAAUCCAUUCGGACGUGUUUGCACAGGAACGCUACUUAGUCAACAACGUCGACGUGGAAAUAAACAUGUCACGCAGUAAGGAGGUGUUCUGUCUCAAUGAAGCGGGCGACACGUUUAAAGCGGUCGUGCAAGAUAUCUGUCUGUACGCAGGGAAAGUGCGUUUGAAUCCGACCGUUCGCCUUGCUUACGCAAGAGCCAUGGAAAAAACUCCAGCCAAGUAUCCGAUACGGAGAAUAGAAAUGAAAGUGACGUCCGUGCCUCGAGGUAACAUGGACUUUACCAAGGACAACCUGUUCAUAGGACAGAUGCCCAAGAGGAUCGUCCUGGGCAUGGUCGACACGGACGCUUUUAACGGUACCGCCACCAAAAAUCCUUUCAAUUUCAAACACCACAAGGUCGAUUACGUGUGUCUUAAUGUGGACGGGAAACAAAUUCCAGCCAAGCCAUUACAACCGGACUUCACGAACGGUCAGUACGUGCGCAGCUACAUGAAUCUCUAUACGAGCACGGGUAAAAUUUACCACGACGAGGGAAACAACGUGUCUCGAGAGGAAUUCGGGAAAGGAUACACCCUGUUCGGAUUCGACCUCACGCCCGAUCUGUCGGAGAUGGGCACAUUUCAUCUCAUAAAAAGCGGAAACAUGAGUCUACACCUUCAUUUCAACGAGAUUUUAACAGCGACGAUCAACGUCAUAGUGUAUGCAGAGUUUGACAACAUCAUAGAAAUCGACCGUAACAGACAGAUUUUAUUCGAUUACAGCGCAUGA